AUGCCUAUAACAUCGAGUGUAAAUUCGGAAGAUAUUCAAUUGUCAAAUCAAGUGACCGAUUUUGGAAAUGAUCAAAUAUUAAUGCAUCAAGUUGAAUUCAGUGAUUCAGAAAAUGCAAUCUCACACGAUUGCAAUUCAAUUAAACUGGAAACGAAUGGUGAAAUGAUCUCUUCACGUGAUGAAAGUGAAAAUGUAAUUAAUUACACAUUCAUUGGCAAUGGGUUGAUUUUAAUUGAAGGAUCCCAGGUUGAUUUCGAUGAUGAAACAAAGGAUAGCUCACACGAUCUCGGACUUUUAAAUGGUAUUGAUUUUUUGGUGACGGUAAAAGAUAACGAUGUUUCAAAUAAAAUCACAGAAGAAGAAGAAGAAAAAGAAUUUGAUGAAAUGCGUAGUGAACUUAUUGAGGAUAUAGAUACAACAACUGUGAAAGAGAUUGAAAUAUCACAUAAUUUUGAGGCAAAGACAAAGGAAAAAGAUCAAAUCAAUUUAGAAACACAUACAAUGUGCACGUCAAACAAAAAUGAUUGUGAAGAUGAUCAUGAUGAUGAAAGCUCCUCAGAACAAGACCUUACAAAUUUGGGCUGGCUGAUCGAUUUAAAAAAUCUAGCUCAAUGGCCAAUUGAUUCAAAUAAAUCGAAUCGGAAAUCAUCAAAAAAUACCGUGCACACAUCACUGGUCAAUAGCAUUAUGAAUGAUAUUGAUGACGAGCGAAAUGCUGAAGCCACAGUAAUAAGUGAAAAAGAUUUAUCUGAAGAAAAAUUCAAAAAAUUCACAAUUCAAGUAAAACAAAGCCAAAAAAACUAUGCGGAACGCGAGAGAAUAUAUAAAAUGGAUCCAUUAGAAAAACCACCAUUCAAUUAUGCUCAAAUCAUUGCAAUGGCUAUGAUGGACUGUGGUCGAAUGACGCUUAAGGAUAUUUGCAAAUGGAUACAGGAGCAUUUCGCUUAUUUUCGAUAUAAUAAAAAUUGGAAUAACUCGAUUCGUCAUAAUUUGUCAUUGCACUUUGGUUUUACAAAAAUUGCACGCGAUAAGUCCGAAAAAGGAAAAGGAGGUUACUGGGAAUUGUCAAUGAAUGCAACAAAAAGUGAGAAAAAACGCGUUCGAAAUCGACGUAAGUGUCGUGAUGAUGGUCGCGUCAUUCAACAACACCGAACUCGACUUCCUCCACGAAGAAGUAUUCAAAGAUCGCCUUCAACAAUAAGUACAAAGCUAUCUGAAUGUUCCGGCAAAAAUGAGAGUAGUCCACCUCCAGCGUCAAGCAUCACCACGAAUGACAGUUGUAAUUUGAGUUCGGCUAGUGAUGGUUCAACGUUCAUAUGUUCGGCAAAGGGGUUCAGUGAUGACACAAAAAAUAUGUGGGCUGAAAUAUCGCAUACAAAUCUAAUCAGAUCACUACAGAACUCGGUUCAUCAUGAGGAACUGGAACAAGAUUUGAUCAGCAAUGUAAUAACAAAUGAUUUGGUGAUAAUCAACGGAACAGAGCUGGAUCAUUCGGAAAGUGAAACGAUUCGUUGCAAUUUUGAUAAAUCCAAUAGCCAAUCAAUCGAAAGCUAUUUCGUUGACCAACAUUUGGAUCACGAUUCGCAGAAGCAACAUGUUCUCAGUGCCAAUGGAAAUGUAUCAAUUGAAUCAAGUAUAACAACAGCUAUUUUAAAUGAUUCAUCGAAUGAGACAUUUAUUAAAAGCGAUUUGGAUCAACGGACAAAAUUAUUGAGCGCAACAAUUGCAGGAGCUGGAUCCACAUCAAAUGUAAUUGUUGAGCCGAUGCCGUACUCUCUGUCUCAUAUGGACACUGUUAUUGACAUUGAACAUGAAUUCAGUAAUUUGGUUAAUAUGGCCGACCCUGAAUUAACCGUUGAUGGAUUUUUUGAUUAUGGUAGUUGGUAGAAGUCAAGAUGCAAAACAAAGUUUGAUCAACCUUCUGUAUACUAUACCAAUUUAGAUUGAUGUAAAAAAUAAGAUGCAUAACAAUAUGUAGUAUUAUAUCAAUUCAAAUUGUUUGCUCAAUUCAAUUUAUAGUAAAUUUAGGCUCAAUAUUGGCACGUUUGUAAAUGAAUAUGGUUAAUAUUAUUUAUAGUCAACUCAAAAGACCAGGUUCUCCGGGGAGGAGGCAAAAAAAAAACGUGAAAUUUUAUUCGAUAUUUUUCAGGGCUGCAAAAUGUGAAUUGCUUUUGAUCGAGUUCGAACGUUUUUUUUUCACAUACAUUGUAAUAAAAAUAACGGGUACGAUUUAAAAAAUAAUGUAUAAUUUAAAUUUAUUACAAUUAAUUUUAUCAAAUGUAUUUUUUUUUUUAUUUUUUGCUUUUGAGAUCGGAAAUUUCACUGUUUUAUUUUGGCCAUGUAGAGGUUUAAAUGCGUGAAAGUGAACAUUUGGAAUGUGUUGGGCAAAUCGAAAGAAAUUUAAUAGUGUGACAAAACAAUAGCACAAAUUGAGAGACUUAAACAUAUCAGUAUUGAUAACAGACAAUACAAAUCUGAUAAGUUAGAGAAAAUGCGCACUUCCGUCCAAAAACCGUGCCUCAAUUUAUUAUUUGUUACAUAAUUUCUAUUUACUAGCUUUGAUACACGAUUCAUAAAUAACAAAUAUAUUUGCCAUAGCAGUGUUAAGUAAAAUCUAAGACUUGCUUUGAUGAUUAUUUGUCAUUUUUGAAUUGAAAUCAAUUCAUGUGAAUGACCGUUAUAUUUAGUCAGUAGUAGUACGUAGCACACAUUUAUAACUUAUUUGCUCAAUUAUAAUUCUAUACGAAUUGGAUAUAAUGUAGAACUGGCUGGAUCAAACAUUUGGAUUUUUAUAAAAUUAUAUAUCAUCCUAGUCCGAUGAAAUGUUCAUCCAAUUAUUAUUAUUUAUUCAUUAUUGCUCAUCUGUUGUUAGCGUUUGCAAACUAACCGUAGGUCAGUAAUGUGCGAGCUACAUUUUACAGGGGGGGGGUGAUUUUUCAAAAAC